UUAUUUUUCUAGAAAAGACGAUGAUUUCGCGAAAAWAGUCGGAAAGCAUCGGAUUGUGUUCGGAGAGCAGUCGUGUGUUCGUUUUGGUUCCGAAAUAUUGGAGUUGAAAGCUGUGAUAACACGACACGGGACAAUAAUUAUAGUUACAAGGAAAACCGGCGCAAAUUGAAUUAUUUUUUACGAUUUCCUCCUAAAACCAAAACCAAGCCAGUAUCCAUGCCUGGUACUUCCAAGCCAUCUUAUUCACAGCUAAUUUAAUGAAGGCAACGAGCAGAUUGCAUCAGUGAAUUAAUUUCAACAAGUAGUUUUACUGACUAUAUUGUGAUCAAGAUGUCGUAUCACAAAAGUAAAACGAGUAUACUUAGCUCACUAGACAAAGAUUAUAUAGAAGAAGGACGCAAAGAUAUAUACAAAUGGGGUGAAACUAGAAGAACAAAGCGUAAAGGAAUACGUGGUUGGGCUUAUGCGUUCAAGAAAAUGUUUAUCAAUAAAGGAAUUCUGAAGAGUUUUGUUAACAAUUUAACCGCUGUUUUGGCCCUACAACUUAUUUUAUCAGGAUUGAUAACAUACACAUGCCAUACACUAGAUCUUUAUCUUGAUGUUAAUAUUGCAUUAUUUGUUUCUCCAAUUAUAUUCCCUUUGGCUUUUUCUAUAAAUGCUGAUUUCCAGAGGCGAGAGCGUGUGUUAGAAGAUUUAGCAUUAUUAAAAGGUGGUUUGAUCAUCUUAUUUUUCUGCCAUAGAGAUUGGCGUGUAAAUGCAGGCUUUCCUUCAGAAUUUUUGAAAGCAGUUAACAAUAAACUCAAAGGAUUAAUAUUAAAUAUAAAAGAAUACUUAUUAACAGAGAAAUUAAGGAAAAGAAAUUUUAUUUUACAGGUUAUUUAUGAAGAUUUUAGUGAUAUAAGUCAGAUGAAUGAAAAACUACGAAUGGGAUUGGAAGGGGGCAAUUCCUUGAUACAGCGAGUCAUUCAUUGCCAUAAUUUAAUGUUUUGGGCAUUCGAGAGACUACGAGUUGUCCGMGAGUACCGGUCCCCACGGGGGAUUCGUUCUUUCACCAAGGUUUUCAUCUUCGUCAUGCCUCUAGUUUUAUCUCCAUAUUACGUGUUCGURGGCAAGUCGUCCUCGAAUGAAUGGGGCCCAUACUACAUAUCUUUGGUCUCCACAUUUGUUUUCGGCACAUUACAAGGAGUACAAGACAUUUUGGACGAUCCAUUUGAUGGAAUCAGUGAAGAUGAUAUCAAUCUAGGAAGUCUGGAAGACUGGACAGCGCAUUCGUUACUCACCAAUCGGACAUACACGGUCGGUCGUUUUACCGUCACUACGGCUCCCCACAAGGACAAAGAUGAAAAAGAACCUGCUGAAACGUACGAAGCGCGCGAAAUUGUGUCUAGAAACCCUUCGUUCAACAAGAAAAACCUCCCUGUUAAAUCCAUACUACGAAGAUCGUCAAAUCGACCUGAKGUCGAGAAACCUGACACAACAUGCCAAGUAUCUGAGGAAAACGUUGGUGUUUUGUACCCGGAAAUGGCUUUAAGAUUAAACAUCAUUAAUGCGAAAGAUAUGACUGGUAGUACGACUAUUUUACCAGGAUUACAAGUCAAGGCUAGACCCCCAAGUUUGGAUUUAGUUGAUAAUGAGAAGAUUAAUGGAUCGAUUCCGGUGUUGCUUGGCCAAAGUCCCUUGGAUGUUUCUGAAACGAUCGCUCGGCGUCGGGCCUUCAAAAAGAAUGUUUCAUUUUCAAAGGAUGUGAAUGACGAAGUCAUGGAUACAGUAUCCGAAAGAGUGUCCGAUGAUUCGAAUGAUGAUGCGCCGUUGAUUCGGCAGUCGGCAAGACAUAACAUGGGGUUCGGACACUCAGAUCCCGAUCCCGAUAAAAUUCCGGAACAUUUACGAGCUGCUUUCAGCCAACUGCAAAACAGCUCGAGCACAAACCGAGUAGAGAAACCGAGAGAGCCAACAACGAGGAGUAAAAMUCCAAGCUCUUUGUCAAAUCUCUUUGACCCCCCAGAUAAGGGAUCCCAAGGCGACAGACCACAACAAUCCCCUUCCCAACCCUCUUCGUAUUCAUCGACAACUUUUGAACCAAUGAGUGCAGAGAAUACAAACAGUAGCGACCAAAGGCAACUGCCAUUGAUAGAAGUGCCGAAUGUAAAUAUACAACCUCGUUCAAGAUUUUCUGUAUCGAAYCUCAAAAAUACCAAUUCUCCUCAAACGUCUUCUCCUUCGGAGGCUACAACGAAUACAGAAAAUGAAUCAAAUGAUUCAUCAACAACGUCACUUCCUGUGGGAAAUCCAAAUAAGGAUGUUGAGCCCAAAGUAUCAAGGUUUGCGGUUACACCUUUUGCCCAGUCCACUGCGUCUAACGUGUCGAGUCCUGCUGGUAGUGUGAAUGAAGAACUGCAAGGGUCAGCAAGAUUUCAAGUGGAGUUUCAGCGUUCCCUGUCACAAAGCGGCGAGUGGUCCAAGUGAUUGAGUUGUGUUUUUGAAUCAAAGUAACGAUUAUGGCUUCAAACCAAACUAACCUUACAGGCUGUAGCGUUGAGGUUGGGAUUUCUCUGCAGCGCACCGUCCAUUCCUCUUAUCCAGAAGCUGGGYAGGCCCUUGUCCAGUUUAGUCCACGUUUAGCAGCAUUUCUACUGACGAUCAAUAUUGUAAUGACAAUCUUCACAGUCCUCGGAAAUCUUACWGUUAUUUCGACAGUCAUCUUUUACAGGCAGCUCCGAGUUCCUGCCAAUCUACUGAUCGCAAGUCUUGCCGUCGCAGACCUAUUGGUAGGACUUGUCUUACAACCAACUUAUGUUAGUUCGAUGCGCUUAACAACAACCCUAGCUCUUGCAAUUUGGGUUACGCUAUAGUAGUUGAGGUAACUGGGUUCGUUACACUAACCGCAAGCCUCACAAACCUUUCCCUGAUCACAUUGGAUAAAUACAUCGCGAUAACGCGACCGCUUAGAUACGUCACGAUUGUCACAGAGUUGCGAGUCAAAUCAGCAAUUUUCUWAGGCUGGUCGUGUAGUUUAUUCUUUGGCAUCGGAAUGUCUUUGUCAUCUCUCGUGUUGGGAGAAAUGACUCGCGUACUGUGGUACGCGUAGCGCUCUUAACAUGCAUGUUUAUGAUCUCUCUCUAUAUAAAACUGUACGGCAUUUCAAAAAGCCAUGUUUCAAAAAUACGAGCAGAGGCAAGGUCUCUUAACGCUAAAAUGGAAACAAGAACUGAAAGACAGGGAAUGAAGACUGUUGCCAUGGUGACAAUAACCUUAAUUUUUUGCUUCGUUCCUCACAUAAUUAUUAAGAUAAUAAUGCGCAUGCGUGGUGUUUCUAGCUUGGAUCGAAACGAGAUUCUAAUUGUUAUCGCAAGUCUUUUUUCCUUUACUUUCAUUCUUUUAAAUUCGUCCGCCAACCCUUUCAUUUAUUUUUUCCGCAGCCAAAAAUUAAGGUUUUAUUGUUGGAAGAUGGUGAAAACCCUGUAUAAUAGGUCAGUGCGCAGUUCCUGAAAAUAGCUUCAAAAUAGACUCAAACAAACUGCUUUCUUUCCUGAUAUUCAGAGGAGAUUUACUGGUUACGAACAAACAUUUUAAAUAUCGCUCUUUUUUUAGUUUUGGGAAUUUUUUUUAAAUAGAAGUACGUGUUUUAAUGUAAGGCCGAAUUUAUCAAGAAAAAAGUUGAAUAUUUUUCGGCCGAGCAUUGUUCAAAACAGAUGUAUGGCUGUUACAAGUUUCAACCCCCUAAUGACUUUCUGGUUUAAACAUGUCGAAUGUUAUACGAACCGAUUUUAUUAUUUUCCUAAAAGUUACAACAAUAACCUUAUUAAACAAAGAUCUACUGCCAAUCGGCGUUUGAUGUGUGAUUAUCAUUAUUC